AUGUCAAAGAAAUCGGUUACUAAUGAUCAUUUCCGUUCAAAGUUAAAAAUAUAUGGCAGUGAAGCUCAGCAUAAUAUUACAAAAGCAACAACACCAGCAACAACAGCGCCAGUACCAGUACCAAUAACAGACUUAACAGCAGCAGAUAAUGCACUAACAAACCCAGCAUCAGCAUCAGUUGUCACAUCCGCUAGUUUGACGAAAAUAACAAAUGCAGCGAGUACUUUAUACAAAAUGUCAUCAGACGACUUAACGAACGAUUUAACGAAUCCUUCAGCGCCAUUAAGCAAAUUCAGUUUGAAAGGCAAUCACCUUUGUGGCAGCAUAUUAAUUGGUAAUUAUAAUUAUUUGACCCAGUUGGAAGUAAGUGAAAAUGAAAUGGAAGUCUUGGAUUUAACUUCACUAGAACAAUUGGAAACGUUAAAGUGCAAUCACAACAAAUUGGUGGAAUUGAUGAUCAAUGGCAGAAACUUAGUCACCGUAAAAGCUGACUAUAAUUGCCUACAAACAAUUAGCAUUUUCCCGAUUCCCGUAAAACUUAAAUACUUGGAUAUUUCAUAUAAUAAUUUCACGCAGCUACCAAGCUUCACGGGCUGCUGUCAAAGUCUACACACCAUAGAAGCUCACCAUAAUCAACUUUAUACCUUAGCAGAAUUUUUAUCCGUGUAUAAAAUAACAGCACUACGCAUAUUAAAUUUAAGCCAUAAUAACAUACGAUUUUUGAGUCGCCUUCCGGAGAAAAUGUCCACUAUAGAACAAUGUCUUCUACAGAGCAAUGAACUACAAACUCUUCCAGAAAACUUUUUCGCAAUAACACAGAAACACCUUCGGAUUUUGAAUGCGUCCUGCAAUAAAUUGGGAAUGAACUUGCAUUUUGAGCAGAAUGAGGUACUUCGUUCUCAGCUCGAGGAAGUAUAUAUAUCUAAUAACAGUUUUAAUGAAACUAUUUUAAAUGUGCUUGUUAAUGCUAAAAAACUGCGUGUGCUCCACGCGGCUUAUAAUAAAAUCAGUGAACUUCCAGCAGUCUGUCUUCGUAAUUGGGCAGAGUUGGAGAUAUUGGUGCUGUCAGGAAAUUUGUUACAAAACUUACCGGAAAUUAUUUCUACACUAACAAAGUUAAAGGUACUACGAGUGCACUCAAAUUUGUUGCUUUCGACACCUACAUUUUCCAAGCUGAGUAGCUUACAGGUAUUGGACUUGGCGCAUAAUCAUCUGGAUCGUAUUAACUUGCUAAGUAUAGUGCCAAAGAAUUUGAAGUACCUCGAUUUGUCUUGUAACUUACAGCUGCAAGUUGAUGAACAGCAAGUUAAAGUGUGUCAAAGCCAAAAGCACUGGAGCUUGGUGGAUGUCUCAGGUAAGAACCGCUUGUGCCUGCCAACUACGAAAUUGGAGUAUUACAUGGAUAAUAAUAUGUUAAAACCACCUUGGAGUUUAGGAUUUUCUGAAACACCUGGCAAUGUUAAACGAUUAUUAGUUAGUCAGCUGCGCCUAUGUAAUUUUAACAAGGAUGAAGGUCUUUUUGGAAUAAUUGAAAGUGAUGUAUCUAGUGCUGUUGCUAACUCAGUCGCGCAAACGGUGCCAAAAAUAAUAGAUCAGGAACGUGCUGUAAAAGAGGCUAUAAAUGUGUAUAUGAAGUUCACGUUGCUGACAGCGUUACAGAAGCUAAACAAAAGUGGUGAGCUUGGCAAUAUCGGUAUUACGAUUUGUCAUAUAUCUCGGGAGAACGUGAAAGGUGUCAGAGACUAUGUAAGACCCAAUAAAACAAAAAAAUACAUUUUACGAGUAGCUAGUGUCGGUAAUAUUGGUGCUUAUUUAGUCCGUAAGACCACAAAUGUUUGUCUGACCAAUAUGACUGAAAGUCCAGCAGAGUUCGAACAAACGAACUUAUUUUUGCCAGAUCCGAAAAUCACUGAAGUUCCACUAAGUAACGAAGAUGAAUAUUUGGUUAUUUGUAACGGAAACACUUGGGCCAAAAUGGACAUAAAUCGUGUCGCACGUGAAAUACGUAAAGAGGAAAAUAUUUUACUAGCUGCGAAACGUGUUCAAGAUAUAGCUCAAAGUUUUGGUGCCAAUGCAAAUUUAAGCGUGAUAGUUUUAAGAUUCCGAAAUAUUGGCACCGAUGUGGAUUACUUAAUUAAGGAACUCAAACAAACCGUUCGCAAGAAACCAAUUAGCACAAUUGCCGCAGCCGCUGCAUUGCUACCCAACGUUUGUAAACGUACAUGUUGUGAACGUAAUAAUAUCUGCCGUCAUCGCAUAAUUGAACGACCUGCAACCCGCAGUGAGCGCUCUUCUCCAAGCGGUCAAAGUGAUCAAGUCCUAAGUCCAAUAAAUAAAGGUGAAGAUUAUAUAUUGGCACAUGCGCAUGUACUUGAGGAGGAAAAUGAAAUGGAAGUUCUUGAUGAAACAGAUUCUGUUCUGUCAGAGGAGCAAUUUAAAUGUUGGGAAUAUAUGUUGGAGCAAAAUACACAAUUACUUUUUGAUAAAGAACUGAACACAAUCUCAAAAUCAUUAACCAAAAAUCAAACCAAUGAACGAAAAUCGAAUUUGAUGAACAAUGUUAAAAGUAAAUUUAUAUCCACAAGCUCACCGCAAUUAAUAAAUAGUGAAGUUAAGAAACGGUCAGUAUCACCAGGACAACUGCAUCAGGAACAGCAAUCACAACAACAAAACCAGCAGCAGCAAAUGUCAUUUCUUUCGAAACAUUUUGGCAGCAGUCGAUCCUUUCAAGCAGUCACAUCCAGUGUCGCGUAUAAUUUUUUUGAAUCAAAGAGUCGCAAUUCUGUUACUGCUUCGCCCUACACUAAAAUCAAUGGUUGUGGUCCACAUGCAGCCUAUUUCGGUUCCUUGCAACGUUUAAUGCCAUACAAUUUGGAAUAUGAUUUUGCGGUAACUCAAGAACGUUCCGCACUAAAUGAAGAUAAUGACGAAGACUACAAUGUUCAUGACAGCAGAAUGCGAAAAUAUUGGGGUGUUGCAACAACGGAGUUAUAAUAUUUAUGUGUACUAAAUUUAUAAUAUUAUUUAUUUA